AUGCCUUCUCGGUCUUGGGCGACGUCGACGAAUGCAGAGAUUGCUUUCGUGGUUCCAGCGCCGGUCACUAACACCUUCGGCAUGCCGGACGGAUUGGCCAACUCAGAUCAUGAAGAAUCUAGCAGACCAGACGAAGAGGCUAGAUCUGGCUGCGGCGAUGCUUUCGUAAACCUGUCGUCUGAAUUUUCGACUCGUCAGAAUAAGAACCUGAAGACGCAGAGCUAUCCCAACUGGCCUACACACGACGUCGUGGUCGAGAAGGCUCAGCAUCAUGCAACGGCGGCAGGGCCAAAGCUAAACGGCACCGCGUCGGCUUACUCGACCCCUCACCUCCGUCUUUGCGCACCGUCUCCCGUCCUAACCCGUCAACCCGUUCAAAUCUGGUUCCGUCUUGCUGGGACCCCUUGCAACAUCGCAGCCCGUUCGAAGCGGGUCCUUGGCAAAUGCAAAAAAGACAGCGGCGGUCUCCAUACCCAUCCCUGCCCGCACCAUCACCACCCCUCCACCCGGUUCAAGCUCUUCGACCAGGCCCAGAAUGGAGGCGGCGGCGAUUCUUCUUUCGCUCUUGGCUUCUCCAUCACGCUAUCCAGAGCACCACACCAGGGACCAGGAACAAGAAGGGUGCGAGAGGGACUGCUAUGCGUCUAA